CGAUAGGCAGGAGAACGCGUCGAGGAAGGAGGUCACGGCGAAGGAAGCGGCGGAGAUGGCGAGCGCGAAAGCGGAGCUCAUGAUGAAAGAGAAGGAGAACGAGGAGAAGCUCGCGAACGCGAAGAAGGCGCUUCAGACCGCGACGGAGCGGAGCCAGAGCAUGCGGACGCAUCACGAGGCGCAGAUGAAAAAGAUGCAACAAAAGCUCGACGCCGCGCAGAAAAAGCUCGAAGCCCUCGCGUCCACGGCGGCGGCCGAGUCCGUGCAGCAGGAAGAGCAGCACAAGGACGCGCUCGCGGCGGCGGCGAUUCGCGCGCGGCACGAGGCGUCCGCGCGCGAGGACGAAUUGAAAGAACAGCUCGCGAACGCGCGUCUGGAGAUCAUCAAGUUUCAAGGACGCGUCGACGCGUUGUCGCAAGAGAACGAGAGCUGGCGCGCGCGCGCGACCGCCGCGGUGGAGACCUCGGAGGCGAUGCGCGAGGAGAGAGACGACGCCGUGCGCGAGCGCAGGAACGCGGAGGCGUCCGCGGCGAGCCGCUUAUCGGACGCGAACGAAGAGCUCGCCGCGGCGUUGCGCGCGGCGAAAGUGGAAACCGCCGAGGCGCGCGCCGCCGCCGCCGCGGAGGC